GAGGUUCAUAUUCCAUAGCCAUUAGCCCCAUUUUCAACCUCACAUGCCAUCUCUCCUUUUACAAAUCAACCAUUCCUCUCUUUCUAUCUCUUCUCAAUCACCUUCUUUGUUCUCCAACAAACAAACAACACCUUCGUUUUUUCUCUUUCUAUUCUCUCUCUCUCUCUCUCUCUCUCUGUGAAAUUAUGGCUCAGAAGACGGAAAAAAAAGAGACCGAGUUCAAGGUUCCUGAAACCAUCACCCCCUGCGCCACAAACGCAAUUCCAGCACCUUCAAGAUUCUCCGACGACAAGGCUGCCACGUCAUCACGUUCCCCUAAGAGACCUUACCCUUCCGAUGAACAAGACGACGACGCUCAAAAUCGUCAAACGACGUUGUCUGAGGCCAAGCGUGUUGUCAACCGCUGCUCCGGCUGUCGACGGAGGGUCGGACUAACCGGAUUCCGGUGCCGUUGCGGCGAUCUCUUCUGCGCCGAGCACCGGUACUCCGAUCGCCACGACUGCUCGUACGACUACAAAACCGCCGGACGAGAAGCCAUCGCGAAGGAAAAUCCGGUUGUCAAAGCGGCGAAGCUCGUCAAAGUCUGAAUCGUCAUCAAAAACCCUAAAUCGAAGAAUCGCGAUGAGAUCGCUGAGAAAAAAACACGGAUCGACAUCAUCGAUCGAUUGAAACUGUUCAUAUCGCGAUUAAUUAUUCGCGUCUCUUACUCGGAGAUGCGCAUAGAAAGAACUCAGCACGUGUGUUGAAGCUGAGAGAUUGUCACCGAAAUCAUGAACUUCUGUGUUCGAUCGAGCUUCGAUCUCUCUUUUUUUUUUUUUUUUGCUUUUUUUAUAAUUUAUAAUAAUUUAGGUUUUAUUUUUAAAUUUGGUUUGAAAAUUUAUAAAUUAUUGUGGUUAUGUGAAUUCUUUUCGUUUGUUCUGGUUAUAAUGAUUCUUCUCGGAAAGGGUACCCGAGGAGCAUAAGAUUUCAGGGGCAUGGAAAAGUAAAUUUGAUGAGGUGUGAGGGCAUAGUUGUCAAUUCAUAUUGUACUUUUAACUUGGAAUUUUCGAGAAUAGUAUUAUGAUAGAAAGUUGGCUGGACCCAGUCUGAUUUGACGCGUGACGAUUAUAUCGAUAUAUUGAGGCGCGAUAAGGUUGUUGGUUAGUGAGCGGCGAGAUAUCGCGCUUCGAUUUGUCUUAACUUUUUGGCGUUUCGAGAACCAAUAGGGGAGCGACAAGAGAAACGCAAGU